AUGGCGAAAAUUUUACUGGCGCUGAUUGCCGUGUGCUUUGUUCCCGCCAUUUCCGGCUCUCGAUUCGUGGGCGAACCGUACAUUGUGAAGGGCUCCGUCUACUGCGACACCUGCCGCUGCGGAUAUGAGACCGACGCCUCUAAGUAUAUGGCCGGAGCUACGGUUAGAAUCGAGUGCCGGAACAGUGACACGGCCCAAGUGACUUACCAGAGCCAAGAGGCAAUAACCGACUCGAAAGGCAGCUACACGAUCAAGGUCUAUGGGAAUCGUGGGGACGAUUAUUGUGAUGCGGUUCUGGUUAAAAGCUCCGACCCGCUUUGCAGCACGCCCAAUAUGGGCCGUGAUCGGGCCCGCGUGAUCCUCACGGAUAACAAUGGCAUGACCUCAUACGUUCGACAGGCCAAUAACAUGGGCUUCCUUGCAGCUACCCCGCUUGCCAACUGUGGCAAGAUCCUCAUGAAGUACCAAGAAGCCGACGUUUGAAAGGAGUCGUCUGUUUUUUGGGGGGGUUUAAUUUGGAGAUUGUUGUCAAGAUUAGUUGAAACAGAAUCCUUGUUGUGUGGCGUUUUGUUAUCUUUCUUUCUGAAAUUACCACUUCAUGUUUUUUGGUUGGUUAGAAACAGAACCUCUCUGUUAGUUGGUUAAAGGAUGUUCUUUGGUGUGAAGAUCUUGGACUUUUAACAAUGGCCUAAUUGUUGGAAAAAGCUUCAUGUUGUGUACAACUGAACUAUUCUCAAAAUGAGUUUUUUAUUAAUAAUAGUUAAUUUUGAAAAAAAU